AUGAAGUUUUGCGACUACAUCCGAGCGAAGAGCAGCAGCAAAACCCUGGUGGGGGAGCAAUUUCGGAAGAUCACAGUGAAUGAUUUGGAGAAAGCUAGGCUAGCGGUCGUGAAGUAUGUCCAGAAGGAGGCCUAUGGCCAAGAAAUUGCCGCCCUGCAGAAAACGGGAAGAGUCAAGGCUUCGAGUCAGCUCAAGAGUCUGAAUCCGGUCAUCAUUGAUGGUGUGUUGAGAGUGGGCGGGAGACUGUCACGAGCGCCACUCUCUCAUGACGCAAAGUUCCCAAUGAUAGUCCCAAGAGGUAGCCAUCUAGCCUCUAUACUGAUCUACCAUUUUCAUGCCAAGGUUGCGCAUGCAGGCCAGGAGCAAGUCUUGGCUGCUUUAAGGGAGACGUUCUGGAUCCAAAAGGGUCGGAUUGCGGUUCGUAAGAUCAUCCGCUCGUGCAUUGGAUGUCGGAGGCGUCAAGCAAAGAGGAUGCACCAGUUGAUGGCAGACCUACCUCGAAUGAGACUUCAGGCAUUUGAACCACCCUUCACUAGGACGGGCCUUGAUUGUUUUGGUCCGCUACUUGUCCGUAAGAAUCGCAGUACUCUCAAGAGAUGGGGCCUGAUAUUUAUAUGUCUGAAUGUUCGGGCCGUUCAUCUGGAAGUCCUGGAGUCGAUGGAUACCAGUUCCUUCAUAAAUGGCCUCAGAUGUUUCACGGGGAGAAGAGGAGAUCCGAAGGACAUUUGGUCGGACAAUGGAAGUAACUUCAAGGGAGGCGAGCGUGAACUUAGGCAGGCCCGAGCUGAUUUGAAUCAGAAGCAGAUUGAAGAUGAACUUAGCCAAGAAGGAAUAAGGUGGCACUUCCAACCCCCGACUGCGGCACAUAUGUCCAGGGUAUGGGAGAGGUUGGUUAAGUCAGUGAAAGGGACUCUGAAAGCGAUACUUGGUGAGGCCCUUGUGACGGAGGAGGUUUUGUUUAAUGCGAUGAUUGAGGCCGAGAGAAUUGUCAACAGCCGACCACUGUGCAAAGUCAGUGAUGACCCACAAGAUGAUCAAGCCCUGUCACCCAGUCAUUUCCUGUGUCCCAGGGGGAUCUUGUCAGUCCCUCCUGGCGACUUCGACGAGAGGGAGAAGUAUCGCAGCAAGUGGAAGCACGCCCAGAUCCUAGCAGGUCAUUUCUGGGAUCGGUGGCUUCGAGAAUAUCUGCCGAUGCUCAUGGAACGGAGAAAGUGGCGGGAGAAGGUUCAAAACGUUUGUUUCGGCGAUCUCGUCAUGAUGGCUGAGGACAACUUGCCGAAGGGAGAAUGGCCGAUGGCUCGAGUUGUGAGGACCUUCCCCGGCGAUGAUGGCUGUGUUCGAGUGGUGGAGGUGAAGGCGAAGAAUGGGAACCUGUACGUUCGACCAAUCAGCAAACUUUGA